AUGUUCGCGAAAAAAACAACAACAUUGGGGGAUCUUCAGAAUCAAUUCAACGAGGAAGUACCUGACCCCAUCGGGACCCGCGGUGAGCUAAUUUAUUCUCUGGGGUGCAUCAGGGACCCUGAAUCGCAGCGUCCUCUCCCCGAAACUCGAUAUGAUACAGCCUCCGACACCAAACCAGAUUCCACACCAGGAAUCAGCAAACCAUGAGGUGAUGAAGGGCGAUCCACGAUAUUCACUCCGAGAGCCACAAUACGCGGAGGAACUUUGCGUGGGCUUCCGAACUAGCGUUUUAUUCAUCGAGUCCCUGGACCUCAAUAUCGAGGAUCCCCGUCCACACAGAGGCAAUCAGGAAGCGACAGACGGGGAAAAACGAGACAAUUACCUCCCCUAG